GGUCAGGAGCUUCCGCCCGCUUCUCCUGUGUGGUGACUCAGUGCCGCGCCCGGCGACAGGAGGGUUAAAUGACGUCACCGAAUCAUGUCGACGAGCAAUGUGCGCCAUUUUGAAACCUCAUCCCGGAGAAGCCGAGAGCGGCUCUUGAGCACCGCGUCCCCUUCCGAGUCCAGUCCUGCCCGCCUCCUCCUCCCCUAGUCACCGGCACCGGAACAGCCGCCGCAGCCCCGGAGCGGCCCUGCUCGGCACACACACGUACUCAGGAGGGGGAGAGUGUGAAGGGCGAACCCUCCCCGUCCUCCUUCUCCUCCUCCUUCUCAGCGACGCCCGGAUUGGGAGGCCUGCUCUUAGAGGGAAGCCAUGGCAGGAGUGGGCGGAGGGAACGAUUUCCAGUGGUGUUUCUCCCAAGUCAAAGGUGCCAUAGACGAGGAUGUGGCGGAAGCUGACAUUAUUUCUACUGUUGAAUUCAACUUUUCUGGGGACUUGUUAGCAACAGGAGACAAAGGCGGAAGAGUCGUUAUAUUUCAAAGGGAACAAGAGAGUAAAAGCCGUCCUCAUUUUAGGGGUGAAUACAAUGUUUACAGCACCUUUCAGAGCCAUGAACCUGAAUUUGACUACUUAAAAAGUCUAGAAAUUGAAGAGAAAAUUAACAAAAUUAGGUGGUUGCCGCAGCAAAAUGCAGCCCAUUGUCUCCUUUCUACCAAUGACAAGACUAUAAAGUUGUGGAAAAUUAGUGAACGUGAUAAAAGAGCAGAAGGUUACAACCUAAAAGAUGAAGAUGGCAGACUACGCGAUCCCUUUAGAAUCAGUUCUCUACGGGUGCCAAUAUUGAGACCCAUGGACCUAAUGGUUGAAGCAAGUCCACGGAGGAUAUUUGCAAAUGCACAUACAUAUCAUAUAAACUCUAUUUCAGUUAAUAGUGAUCAUGAAACAUACCUCUCUGCAGAUGACCUGAGAAUUAAUUUAUGGCAUUUAGAAAUUACAGAUAGAAGUUUUAACAUUGUAGAUAUUAAGCCUGCUAACAUGGAGGAACUGACAGAAGUCAUCACAGCUGCUGAAUUCCACCCUCACCAAUGUAAUGUGUUCGUCUACAGCAGUAGCAAAGGAACAAUUAGACUUUGUGACAUGCGGGACUCUGCACUCUGCGAUAGACAUUCAAAAUUUUUUGAGGAACCUGAAGACCCGAGCAGCCGAUCAUUUUUCUCUGAAAUCAUCUCUUCGAUAUCGGAUGUCAAGUUCAGUCACAGUGGGCGCUAUAUGAUGACAAGAGAUUACUUGUCUGUCAAAGUGUGGGACCUCAACAUGGAGAGCAGACCAGUAGAAACAUAUCAGGUUCAUGAAUAUCUUCGAAGUAAGCUUUGUUCUCUCUAUGAAAAUGACUGCAUUUUUGACAAGUUUGAAUGCUGCUGGAAUGGAUCUGACAGUGCGAUUAUGACUGGCUCUUACAACAACUUCUUCAGAAUGUUUGACAGAAACACCCGCCGGGAUAUCACCUUGGAAGCAUCUAGAGAGAGUAGCAAACCUCGUGCCAUUUUAAAGCCAAGGAAAGUCUGUACCGGCGGUAAGAGGAAGAAAGACGAGAUCAACGUUGACAGCCUAGAUUUCAACAAAAAGAUUCUACACACUGCAUGGCACCCAAAUGAAAAUAUUAUCACUGUUGCUGCCACCAAUAAUUUGUAUAUAUUUCAGGACAAAAUUAAUUAAAGAUGGCAUUUUUUUUUUCUUCUUUUUUUUUUUUUUUUAUGUUCUUAUUUUUUUGAGGGCGAAGUCUUGUUCUUGCAUAGUUAAACCUAGUUUAUCUGUAAAAGAUCAGAUCUCGCUGUCCUUCCAGUAAAGAGCAUGGAUGCACUUCCCUCUGUAGAAAAGAAUAACUAAAAAAAAAGGAAAAAAAUAAUUGUAGAAGCUGACCUGGAUUUUCUUUCACGGCAGCGCUGUGCUAUCAGUGGGGUGGAAGACAGGGCCCAGUGUCCAUUUCUCAAAGUGCAGAUCUGAUUGAGGCUGGUGCUCAACAUGGAAGUCACUCUAGGCCUUUCUCCCAUUUCAUAGACCAAUACAGUUACCGCAGGGAAAA